AGAAAUCUCGCGAUAGGAAACCGAUCGGAGCAGGGGUGGCACUUCUUCCCUCCUCCUGCUUCUCCUCCUCGCGUUAGUUCCGGUCGCAGAGGAGAUAGCGCUGCAGUUACCGCCACAGCGAGGAUUUCUGGCUCUUUUCUCUUCGCCUUAAAUUCGGGUGUCUUUUAUGAAUAAUCAAAAGCAGCAAAAGCCAACGCUAUCAGGCCAGCGUUUUAAAACUAGAAAAAGAGAUGAAAAAGAGAGGUUUGACCCUACUCAGUUUCAAGACUGUAUUAUUCAAGGCUUAACUGAAACUGGUACUGAUUUAGAAGCAGUAGCUAAGUUUCUUGAUGCUUCUGGAGCAAAACUUGAUUACCGUCGAUAUGCAGAAACACUCUUUGACAUUCUGGUGGCCGGUGGAAUGCUGGCCCCAGGUGGUACACUGGCAGACGACAUGAUGCGUACAGAUGUCUGUGUGUUUGCAGCACAAGAAGACCUAGAGACCAUGCAAGCAUUUGCUCAGGUUUUUAACAAGUUAAUCAGGCGCUACAAAUACCUGGAGAAGGGUUUUGAAGAUGAAGUUAAAAAGCUGCUGCUGUUCUUAAAGGGUUUUUCCGAGUCAGAGAGGAACAAGCUGGCUAUGUUGACUGGUGUUCUUCUGGCUAAUGGGACGCUUAAUGCAUCCAUUCUUAAUAGCCUUUAUAAUGAGAAUUUGGUUAAAGAAGGGGUUUCAGCAGCUUUUGCUGUAAAGCUCUUUAAAUCAUGGAUAAACGAAAAAGAUAUCAACGCAGUAGCUGCAAGUCUUCGGAAAGUCAGCAUGGAUAAUAGACUAAUGGAACUCUUUCCUGCCAAUAAGCAAAGUGUUGAACACUUCACAAAGUAUUUCACCGAGGCAGGCUUGAAAGAGCUUUCAGAAUAUGUUCGGAAUCAACAAACCAUUGGAGCUCGUAAGGAGCUCCAGAAGGAACUCCAAGAACAGAUGUCCCGUGGUGAUCCAUUUAAGGAUAUAAUUUUAUAUGUCAAGGAGGAGAUGAAAAAAAACAACAUCCCAGAACCAGUUGUCAUCGGAAUAGUCUGGUCAAGUGUAAUGAGUACUGUGGAAUGGAACAAAAAAGAGGAGCUUGUAGCAGAGCAAGCCAUCAAGCACUUGAAGCAAUAUAGCCCUCUACUUGCUGCCUUCACUACCCAAGGUCAGUCCGAGCUGACUCUGUUGCUGAAGAUUCAGGAGUAUUGUUAUGACAACAUUCAUUUCAUGAAAGCCUUCCAGAAAAUAGUGGUGCUUUUUUAUAAAGCUGAAGUCCUGAGUGAGGAGCCCAUUCUGAAGUGGUAUAAAGAUGCACAUGUUGCAAAGGGGAAAAGUGUCUUCCUUGAGCAAAUGAAAAAGUUUGUAGAGUGGCUCAAAAAUGCUGAAGAGGAAUCUGAGUCUGAAGCUGAAGAAGGUGACUGAAUUUUGAAACUACACCCUCAGUAAAGCAAACAGGAGUUGUAGAUAAAACGUCAUGUCUCAUGUGUCCUGGUUCUUACGUCUUCCUACCUCCCUAUAUCAAGCAUGAUAUAAGGGCUUUCAUGGCAAAUUUUAUUUUAACUGUUUCUAUGGUUACUGGAAAUGUUGGGUUUAGUUUCUGAAACCAUGUUUUAAGUAGCUACAGGAGCUAUAGAUUGGAAUCCAAUGUUGCAUUAGUCUUUUCAGUUAUCUUCUACCUCCUGUAUUUUCUACUGUAAUAAUGUAAUUUAAGGCCUUCCACAAUGAACAGUUCACUUUAUUCCCUGGGUUUUCUAUAUACAGUUUUCAAGAUACGAUUUGGUUAAAAACAAUUUGUUAUAAAAAUUCUGUUUGCAAAUUAAACUGUAAAAGUAUCCAAAGUCUCAAAAGGCAGUGAUUUCUGUGAUAAUUCGGUAUGAAAUGAAAAGGUGGCAUAUUUUAUGCCCAGAGCCCUAUUCAUCAAUGGAAAUCUCAUAAUAAUUGAAUUUAUUAACAUGAAUCUUGAGUGUUUGGACCAUUGCUUGCAUGUUAACAUAUUUUCUUGCAUUUUUAACGUCAGAUUUCCUUAAGUUCGGUUGUUUGCUCACUGGUUUUCAUUCCUUAGUGAAGCCAUGGAGAACAAACUUGAAAGUGAGGUCUUUGGGAAAUCAUAUGUGACAGAGGUGGUGGAAAGAAGAAGGUUGAGCUUUUUCCUAUUGAGAAAUUUCUGCAUUCAGUUAAUAUCUUUCUAGGCAAACCAGCUGGGUAUUUUUCAUACAACUAUUUUCAAAUGUACGUAAGAAAAGUCAUUCAGAAUGUUUUACACAGAAUACACUUAGGUUGAUAAGAAAGAACUGGUAAAGGAGUGCAAAUAAGGGAAAUGACUAAUGUUCUAAACCCAGUAAAAAUUGUUGAUGUUAAGUAAUGAGCAUAUUCUAAUUGAGACUCUAAUAUAAGUUGUAUUUUCUAUUGGCUUACACUAUUUGUUGUAAAGAAUGAAGUGCAAUGAUAAUGAUAUAGUCCACUUGGUCAUGCUGGACUGGCUUCAGUUUGUUAAUAUAUUCCGUAAUGAGUCAAGCAUCUGGCUGUUGACAUACCCUAGUUGCCAUUUUUUUAAUUGCCAUGAGCCAAAUAUGUCUUAUGUAUGGUUGAUCCAUCUAUUUUAAUGGCUGCCUUUUAAUUUUCAUCAUUCUUUUCUUGCUGCUACCCAUUUAUGUACGUAGUCAUUAGAAACCAAAAUGUGACCACAUUUUUUAGGAGAAGAGACUUCAUGUUAAGAGUGAACAUUUUAAAGGUUUUCUUAUUGCUGAAAGAAACUUACCUGGAAUAAUGCCACCACAGACUGAGUGGAAAUUACCGUUUUCUAAGGUGCCAUUCUUAUGAGCCAAGAAUAUGGUGUUUAAAAUUAGAAGUUCAUCUUGAGGGAAUAACGUGUAAUAUAAUUUGAAAUAAAGGUAUAGUAACCUUAUGAAGAAGAGCAUUAUAACUGAUAACAUUGUGAAUGGGGUGAAUUUGUUAAAUGAAUAACUUUGAUAAAGUUUUCCUGCACAGGCAAAAUGUAUUCACUAGAUUUCUAAGUAGUAAUCUGCUUUUACUUUGUAAUUUGUACGUAGUCCUCAAAAGACUUUUUUUUUUUUAAAUAAAGUCCAUCCUUACACUUAGGUUUACAGGUCAGUCUUUUUUUAAUUUUUUAUUUUUUUUGUGAAUUGCAUGUUAAUGACAAUACCGUAUGUCAUGUGUUGAAAUAUCUUUAUUCUGUAAGUAUUAAAUAAUGGCUCCUUUCAUCCAGUUUAUGACUCCCAAACAUAAACACCUACACAAAAUUUUAAUGUAGCUGAAACUACAUUAACGUAUUUCUACAACCAAAUCAUUGCAUGUUACUGCUGUACAAACUGUAUCCUGUUGUAUUAUAUACUGUGUAUAGUGAAAGAGUGUGUAGUCUUCCAGCACUACAUUAUGAUCUUUGUCUGAUCAUAAGAGUUUUUCUUGCAUAAUGACACAGUAGUGUUUACUUACUACAAUGUUAAUAGUAAAUGGGUAAGUCACCUGUGACAGUAUAGUGUAAAGAAAGGGAAUGCUUUUUAAAAAGACUGCAGAUUUUCAUUUUGAAUUUUAAGUGGUAAUUUGGAACUCAGCUGCAGUGCCAACCUAUGGCCUCAAAUACGUAAUUCUUAAUAUAGAUGUUAAAGCUGUACUUUUAAUUAUGAUUCUAAGUUUCUUAUUCUUAAUUAUCCUGGAAGUCUUGUCCAAGAGAUACCUAUUACUCUGCCCUUAAGAAAAUUUCAGAUCAGAGAAUUCUGACAGCAUAAUGAUGGUGGUGAGGGGAAAUGCAUGUGGCUGAGAACUUUACUGUGAUUCAGUGUUUCUCAACGUUUUUCUCAUCACCCCCAUGAAGCCUUUUAGACCUUUUUUUCCUAAUCACUUCUGCAUGAAAUUUUAAUGCCAUAGAUAAUGUUGGAAAUGUAUGUAUCUGUGCUUUGUACGUAAAAAAGUGAGAUUAUUAU